AUGGAACCACGGAUCGGAGAUAAAUUCCUGAUUGAUUUAUGGAAAGAAACAAAAGCUAUUUUUAAACUGAUGGUAUUAACCAUACCAACUCAACUCUUAGUGGCUCUACCUUGUUCACUUUGUAUUAUGUUUGCUGGGCAUGUUAGUGUGGAGACAUUGAAUGCCGUGGGCAUGGGAUUUACGUAUAUUUACUGCACGGCGUAUUCUUCAUCUAUUGGGCUAGGCAUUACUUGUGAGGUCCUGUUUUCACAGGCAAACGGAAGUACAAAACGCUCAUCGCUUGGUCUCGUCAUUCAGCGCUGCCUCGUGAUAUCUUUUCUUCUCUUUUUACUAAAUGGAGCUAUGGCAACCCAUUCUUACAUUCUUAUCAAGUUUCUUGGAAAAAACGACCAAACGGUAGAGGAAUAUUAUUAUUUUAUGCUUGCCGCAAUUCCAGGAUUUUGGGGAUUUUCUGUAAUGUUGGUGGAAAUGAAAUAUUUACAAUGUCAGAAAAUUGUUAAACCGUGUGUUGUAAUUGGAAUUAUUGUGAAUAUUUCACAUGUUAUGUUUGGUAUACCUUUAACAUUGUGGACCGGAUUAGGUUCCACUGGAACCGGUUUAUCAUUCAGUCUCACCUAUUGGCUGUGGGCGAUUCUGUUCUUUGUUUAUAUCAAACUGAGUAAAGUUUGUGUUGAAACAUGGGUUCCAUGGUCAACAGAAUGCUUCAAUUGUUGGUGGCCGAUUUUGAAAAUAGCCAUUCCAAAUACAUGCAUGAUUGCUUUAGAGUUUAGUCUUUUCCAAGCAUUUCUUGUUCUUUGUGCUAUGUUGGGUAGCUUCUAUUUAUCUAUUUACCUGAUCGCUGCCAAUGUUUCUGAAUUUAUAUACAAUAUGUUUCUUGGUUCCUGUAGUGCCGCCAUUAUUCAUAUUGGAAACUAUCUUGGAAACGGCGAUUACGAACUUGCUAAAUUAUCCGCACAGGCGUCUGUAUUUCUAGUUGUAUGUCAGUCAGUCGUCGAUUUUUGUACAGUAUUGAUAUUAUGUUACGUGCUACCCUUUUUAUACAGUAACGAUAAUCUCAUUAUUAGGGAAUCCAGACCACUAAUAAUUCUUUUUGCUCUCCUUCAUUUAUUGCAAGGAGUAGGUUUUAUUUACGGCGGUCUUCUCAAAGCUUGCAGUAAACAGCAAUUUGUUAUGAUGGCUCAUAUCGCAUGUAUAGGAAUUAUUGGAUUUCCUAUAGCAUACUGCCUCAUGUUCUUGGUAUCGUUAAAUGUGUAUGGUGCCGCGAUAGCUAUACAAAUAUCGGAAGUUUUCUUGUGUAUUUUUACCUUUGCAAAAGGACAUUUUUUAAAUUGGAAAGAAGAAGCAUAUUUAGCUGUAGAACAGGCUCACAAAACAACAACAAUUGAUAGAAACAAUUAUGAAGACUCGGUAAAUGAUCCAAACUCUGUUAAAGAAUCGACACGGUUAGUUACAAAACCUCUUAAUAAAAACUGGAAGACAGUGUUACAGAAAGGCUUCUUUAUCGUGCUAUUUACGGCUGUGUUUAUAGGAUCAAUUUAUAUCAGUAUUUUAGCUUUCUGUACAGGGGAACGACCUGUGCUGCUGGGCGGCUCGUAA